AUGGCUGUCGAGACCACUCCCGCUACUCCCGUCCCCAUCGCGGAACUUACCAAGAUUGCCACUGAGGCCUGCGACUCCGCGCUUGGACAAGCCGACGGAUACGAGCACACCCAAGUUGGAACGUGGAACUCCCAAAUCAUUAACUCCAUCCUGAAGGCCCUUAUCACCGCUACUACCCCUUCGACACCAUCCACUCCUCCUCCAUACCGCUUCACGGUGAACAGCACCAUCGUUCAACAAGGCCUGAUUGACAAGACUGCUGCUGCGGACGGCUCGACGGCCAACACCGGAAAGCGCGGCAUGCACUCUGCUUCUGGGGCGUUCUGGGACGUCAACCGCGAUGGAAUGUGGACAUUCAAGUACCCCGGCGCCGACGCCAAGGGGCUUGAUGUUGUUGUCAGCGUGACUUGGUUUGCACUGGGCUGA